GGACCACAAAUCCCAGAAUGCAACGUUCCUCACGCAGUCCCGCUGCGGCCGAGCAUGCGCUCUUAGAGAUCCCGACUGCAGGUGGGAGCGCGCAGCUGGCGGCCGAGCCAUGGCUGCCCUCGUCCGAGCUGUGCAGCGGUUGCCAGGGCCAGCUGUGUGGGGAAGGCCUCUCUACGGGCUGCAGUGCUGCAAUGGGCAGGAUUUUAGGAGGUGGGUAGGGAGCAGGUCACCCACCUCGAAGGAAAAACCACCAGGCACAGAGACAGAGAAAUUCCAGAUGAUCUACCGGUUCGAUGCCAUCAGGGCCUUUGGGUACUUGUCUAAGCUGAAGGUGGCACAGACAGCCCUUACAGUGGCUGCCCUGCCACCUGGCUUUUACUGGUACUCCCAGGGCCUCAUGACUUUCAACAACCUGUGCCUUGUGGGUGGGAUAGCUGGCUUCGCUCUGGCCAUGCUGUAUUGGAUGAGCUAUUUCUUCCGGCGGCUGGUGGGUAUCCUGUACGUGAACGAAUCAGGCACCAUGCUGCGGGUGGCCCACCUGACCUUCUGGGGCUGGCGGCAGGACACAUACUGCCCGGUGACUGAAGUGAUCCCUAUGACGGAAACACAGGACCGGUCCCAGGAGCUUUUCGUUCGGAUCCAGCAGUACAGUGGGAAGCAGACCUUCUACCUCACCCUGCGCUAUGGACGCAUCCUGGACAGAGAGCGUUUCACACAGGUGUUUGGGGUGCUGGACACGCUCAAGUGAACAAUGGGACACUGGGCUUCCAGGUACCCCUGGGCCACCUGGAUUUCCGACUGAAGGCUGAGGGUGUGCGUGAGGCUAAAGCAGGGGAUCUGAUAGCUGGAGACUUCACCAGGGCCCAUGGGAGACUCAUCUGUUGGAAUGAGGAAAUUCAUGAGGCAGAUACUAGUAUCCCAGUUUAGGAAAGCGGCCUUACUGCAAAUUCUUUUUCUUUUUUUAAAAUGUUUUAUUUAUUUCAGAGGGA